AUGACACCCUACAACCCCACCCACUACCUCCUGGACCGCGCCCAAAUCCACGACACCAUCACCAAGCUCUACACCCUGCUGGACCAGCACCUCUGGUCCCGCCUGGCCUCCAGCGAAGUCUUCGCCCCGACUUUCACCGUCGAUUACUCCUCCAUGUUCGGCGGGCAGCCGCGGGAGACGACGCCGGGCCAGAUCGUCGAGCAGUGGCGGGGCAUGCUGGAAAAGUGGACGGGAGCGGUGCAUGCGCUUAGUGGGGUGUUGAUCGAGGGGCUGCCUCUGCCGUCGCCGUUGCCUUUGGGAGCUCUCCAAGGUGCUGCUCGCGCGGGUAUGGGUGAUGAGGUUGCGGGAGGGGACGUGGAGGAGACGGUGACUCAGGAGGAAGAUGUCACCCACGCAAAAGUCUCGAGUUACGUGACGGUGCAUAUCGUCAAGAAGGGAGCGGAGGGCGGGGAGCAGACGAGCAAUGGCGGGAUGGGCGCGUUUGAGGUGGUGAAGCUCGGGGUGGACGAGUGUCGGGGGCUGUAUGGGGAGGGGUGGGAUGGGAAUCGGUGGCGGAUUAAGAGCAUGAAGCCUAGGGUGGUGUGGUAUGAAGGGAACGCGGAGGGGAUUUUGGGCGUCAAGGGGGUUUGA